AACAACUUACUUUAGCGUUUUGAAAAAGCUAUUAGCCUUACCUUUUUAGGAAUUAAUCGACGCCAACAGCGGGUCGGCCAGCGUAGCUCUGAACGAAGGAACGACGACGGCUAAGGUCUGAUCGACGUUGCUCCAGACAGGUUGAUAGGCAUGGCAUCUCCCCAAUCUGGAUUUAUCAUUGUCACAAUGCCUAGAGACCUGGUUGGGCAUGUUUGCACGGAGUGGCAAGUAUUGGUGAAGAACAUUAUUGAGCUCAAGUGUGUGCCACAUGCUAGAGCUUCAAGAUUUAAGGAUGCAUAUUACGGAGUAGCUAUUUCCCAAAGUACUAUGUGGAUAGUGCUUCUUGGUUUUCAUUCAUUACCAUAGGAUCUAUUUGUAAAAAAAUAAACAAAAUGAGCAUGAUUGUAAGUUUUCAGCAGAGGACGGAGGGAGUAUAAUUUAGGGUUCUUUAAUAUAAUUAUCAUUUGCAGGGUAGGGCUCAAGGUGCCUUCCCAAGGAAUUCAUCCAAAAAGUGAUUGCCUUCUGCUUCAUAGGAACAAUAAUAGUGAAAAAUGUAU